AUGUUGUCUAAUAAACUAUCAGAUAGAGUUACUAAAUUGAAUGUUGGAAAUGAACGCAUAAUUGCACUAGAAUUAGGCUUUGGUCAGAAGUUAUGUCUUAUAAAUACUUAUAUGCCAACGAACAAACAGGAAUCGGAACCUGCUUAUCGCGAGUGUCUUGAUGUAUUGCAUGACAUUGUCAGUAGAUAUGAGCAAUCACACAACAUUAUCCUAUGUGGUGACCUGAAUGGAACUUUAUUGGAAAGAAGAAACAACAAACACGACAUUAUGCUAAAAGACUCUGUGAAAGAACAUAUGCUCUCAUGUGGAAAUAGUAAUCUAGAACCUACAUUUUACCACUUUAAUGGCUACGCCUCACAGAUCGAUUAUGUACUUUCAAAUUGUCCAGAACUCAUACAAAGUUAUUCCAUUUGCAAAAAGGACGCGGUUAACGUAUCCUCGCAUGUGCCAGUGACAGUUCUCCUGAAGUUGUCUGUUGAAUUAGUGGACACACAUUGUCACGCGGAAAGAAAGCAAAGUAAACCUAAAAAAGUGUAUGCAUGGAAUAAACUUGAUCAAGAUUCAUUUACCGAACAUAUUCUAUCAAACCUUAACAAUACGGAAAGGAGAGAUUCUGAUGACAUUGUUAAAAUAAUAACUACAUGCUUGAAAGCAGCAGCGGAUCAGGCAGUACCUUCAAAAACAUUGAAAUUUAAAGGGCCUAAACGCCCAGCCUCUAAAGAGACGCUGUCUUGUAUGAAAGCAGUGAAAGAAACUUAUAAGAAAUGGGAAGCUUCGGGUAAACCUUGCUAUGGGCAAUUAUUUCUGGAAAACAAAUUAGCUAAACGCGCAUUACGCAGUCAACAGCGCACCUUGGAAGCGGUGAAAAGAAAAUCGUUUUAUGACCCUCUUAUGGAAAACCCAACUAAUCAGAAAUGUUAUCAAUUUAUUAAAAGAAGUAGAUCGAAAACUGAAUCAGGGUCGGCUUGUAUCCAGGUGAAGGGAGUUAAAUAUGUUGACACUGAUCAGCAGAGACAAUGUUUUGCCCAGUGUUUUGAAGAUCUAGCAGUACCAAAAGACCAGAAUUAUGACAAUGUGUUUUUAGAAUUGUGUAAUGUACGCGUCGGAGAGACUGAAAAUAGAUAUCCGUGUGAUACAAAAACAGAUGUUCAGGUGACAGAGUCUGAAGUUGGCAUAGCUAUCGACCAGCUGAAUAAUGGAAAGGCUCUGGAUGAGUAUGGGCUCUCUGCGGAACAUUUUAAAGCAUCCAAACCCGUUAUUGUACCAGUGAUAACUGACUUAUUUAAUCAAAUUUUGGCGGAGAAAAAGGUGCCUGCCACUUUUAAAACCGGAAUUAUCACUCCAGUAUUGAAAAAGGGAAAAGAUUCAAAAUGUAUGGAAAACUACAGGGGAAUAACCGUAUCAUCUGUAUUUGGAAAACUCUUUGAAUAUACAGUACUGAAUAAAUUGAAGUUUUAA